UGCGGAGGGGUCCGUUCAGAGCCCUCGGGUCUUCGGUUGGCCUUGGCCGCAACGCCUGUAGUGCGCGUGCGCGGCGUCGCGGACAGGGUUUCCCCCGCAGCCCGGACUUGGUACAGGCGGGCGGUUGGUGCGGUCGGCAGCUGCAGCCCGGGGCGCGCUUUUCAAAUCGUUCCCCGACUGACUUGCACCGACAUGGAGGGGCGGCUGCUGAGGGGCCUCCCCGCGCAGCAGGGCUGCAACAUCCGAGAGAAAAUAGACUUAGAAAUCCGAAUGCGAGAAGGGAUAUGGAAGCUGCUCUCCCUGACUACCAAAAAAGACCAGGUUUUACACGCAGUCAAGAACCUCCUGGUCUGCAAUGCCCGGAUAGAGGCGUACACGGCGGAGCUCCAGAGGUUAGAAGAACAGAUUGCGAAUCGACCUGGAAGACGUGAUGUGAGUUGUGAGAGGCGAGAAAGACGGCCCUGCAGAGGGAAGAUUGCCUUGUCAGAUAUUCGAAUACCACUGAUGUGGAAAGACUCUGACCACUUCAGUAAUAAAGAAUGCACACAGCGCUACGCCCUCUUUUGUUUAUUCCGGAUGGGAGCGGAAGUGUUUGAUACCGACAUGGUGAUUGUGGAUCAGACAGUCACAGAUAUAUGUUUUGAAAACGUCACCAUAUUCCACGACGCCGGACCAGACUUCCGGAUAAAGGUGGAGGUGUACAGCUGUGGUGCAGAGGACUCCAACUUCACCAACACCCCCAGAAAGCUGGCUAAAAAGUUGAAGACGUCCAUCAGUAAAGCCGCCGGGAGGAAGAUAAGCUCGGCGCUUCAGGAAGAGAACCCAGAGGCGUGCUUGCUCGUCAGCUCCGUCGCAGGCGCGAAGUACCAUCUGCUAGCUCAUACCACCCUGACCUUGGAAAGUGCCGGGGACUGCUUCAAGACCCAUAAUCUGUCUAUUAACGGCGAUGAGGAGUGUUCCUUUUGGCUCCCGCUGUACGGCAACGUGUGCUGCCGGUUAGUGGCCCAGCCAGCUUGUAUGGCUGAAGAUGCGUUUGCAGGAUUCCUUAAUGAGCAGCAAACAGUCAACGGUCUGGUUGGCUGGAGGAGGCUGUACUGUGCUCUGAGGGGGGGCAAACUCCACUGUUUUUAUGGACCAGAAGAAAUUGAAGCUAACGUGGAACCAACUCUGGUGGUUUCCAUUGACAAGGAAACCAGAAUUCAGGCCAUGGAAAAGGAUUCAAAGAAAAUACAUCAUUUCUCUGUCGUCAACACUGUUGCUGGGCAAGCAGUGACUCACAUCUUUGCGGCUGACAGCCUAGAGGACCUUCAAGAGUGGAUGAGUGCCUUCCGGCAGCAUUUCUUGGAUCUUAGCCAAUGGAAGCAUUGUUGUGAAGAACUUAUGAAAAUUGAGAUUAUGUCACCACGGAAACCACCUUUGUUUCUAACAAGGGAGGCGACCUCCGUGUACUACGAUAUGAGCAUCGAUUCACCUGUGAAACUUGAAAGUUUAACCGACCUAAUACAAAAGAAAAUUGGAGAGACGAAUGGGCAGUUCCUCAUUGGUCAGGAGGAAGAAUCCGCACCACCCCCGUGGGCCGCAGUCUUCGAUGGCAAUCAUGAAAUGGUCAUCCAGAAGAAAGUGUUGUCCUCCGAGGGCAAACCGACCCCUGACGGGAAGAGGAAAAAGAGGCGAGCGCCACUUCCUCCUACAGACCAGCUUCCCUUCAGCAUGAAGACGCAGGGUGGCACCGAUCAAUCCAAGGACAGCGGGGCCCAGGCCAGCGCCUCUGGAGCCUCGCCUUCAGACCCCAGACCGCCUCCAGACCCCAGACCGUCAUCACCAACGCGUCUCUCCCAGAAACCGGUGGCUGCCCCUCGCAAACUUCUCCCUGCCAGGAAAAACAGUUCAGCUGGUGAUGAGCACACGGACACAAAAACCAGUUUUGAAGGCAAGCCGGUGCCGGCUCCAAGGCAGAAAUCCCUCAGAGGCAUUCUGGACCCUCGAUCAUGGCUGCAAGCCCAAGUAUAGGCAGCCUGUGCUGUCUAGAUCCCAGCUGUGAAGAGCAGGUCAGAGGUAUUGUGUGUGUAAUGUUACAUAAUUGUAUAGGUAAAGACCAUGGUGAUUUCCAUGAACCAUUAAUAAGCUAUUAGAUACAGAAAAGCACCUUUUACUAGAGAAUUGAAUUUCUCUUUUACUUCUCAUUUCCAGAAUAUAAAUGAUUUUUUUUUUCUUUCCCCACAGAGCAAAAGAGCAGUUUCUAGACAGUAUCCUAAUUGUUGGAAGGGUUAAUUUAUUCCUAACAUAGUAGCAGGCCAUGAAUAAGCAGUAGGCAGAAGAAAGCCUUGAUGUUUCUUUUGGAGAGAGAUUGUCUAGUAAUGUAGAAUGUGUUAAAUACAAGCCAUAUUCUCAUUGUGAGAAUUUUAAUACUUAAUGGAAUGUUUCAAAGGUUUUAUUCAAACCACAAAUUACAGAAUCCACCCAAGAAAAUUUCCCCUUCAGCUUUCUGGAAUUCUCAUCUAACGGUUCGCUGGCUCCCCUCUAUUGUUUAACUUGAUGGUUUAUAGGCUUGACCUUUUAAAUUCCUGGGAUAAGUUUUAGAAUAUUAAAUUCUUUGUCUUUAAAGGGAAUUAGUAAUCCGCCAUUCAGAGUCAUUUCCUUGAUGAGCCCCGAAAUCCUGUUGACUCUGCCGCUCAUCAGUGAGGCACACGCUUAUUAGUGAGAGAAAUGGAUAUGAAAUGUCCCACAUUGCUCGGCUUGCUGUAUGAUGUUAAUCUCCAUUGUGCCCUCUGGAAUUCGGGGAGGCAAGUAGCUGAUUAAUGUCUUAAAAUUUAUUUAAUACUUAUUUUAAAAGCAGAUGACAGAUUAAAAAAUCAUCAGAAAAGUUGACCAUAGUAAUUUUCAGGAUUAAUCCCUUUUCAGAUUUUUAAUUAGAUUUCCUUUUUUGAGUAAGGGUGGAUGUCUGGUAUUGAUAUUAUUCAUUAAAACUAAUAUUCAGUAAUCACGUUGGCAUCAUUUCCAUAGGAGGUAAUUUCCAUAGCAACUAAUCAUAGUGACCUAAACAGGAUUAUGAAUUGAAUGGGGGAUAAAUAGCGAGAGGAUGAAUAUCUUAAAUGGACAAAAGAAGAAUCCACAUUUUAUAAUAACCCUUUUUGUAAAUAAGAACAGCAGAACGGUUUUAAAAUGUCAUCAGAAUUUCCAAGUAAAACGUCCUAGAAGAUGUCAAGCUCAGUCCUGAGAGUCCAGGACCACCCAAGCCCUAGCUGUCACCAUACGCCAUCAGGCUGUAGGAAGUAAACUACAGAGAGAGGGAUCAGAACGCCAUCGUGUGCAGUGAAUGUCGGGCCCACAAAAGCAUUAAUGGAACCUUUCACCAUUUUUAAGUACUGUUUUGCCUUGUUUUUGUUUUUCAUUCUAACACUGUGUUGUGACUGCUGGGUAAUACAUACACUAUUGCUAGCCCAGGACUCCCAGGAAGAAGUGGGACCCAGGAACAGCGACACAUUAAGUCUCCCUCUGGUGUCACCGUGGUUCAGGUAGAACACCGGGCAGAGACUCCUACACCCACGGAAACCUGAAGAGUAGAUGGAUGUGGGGGUUUUGUGUUUUGUUUUGUUUUUGUUUAACUGAAAGGUUCUCAAAAGUUUUGAUGGUGAUUGUCAUUCCAAUAAAUCAAACCCUUAAGUUCCA